AAUUUAACAUUUUUAAAAUACAGUUUCAAAAAAUGCAUUAAAAUAUAAAUGUACAUAUAUAUGUAUUUACUUCAUUUUAUACACUUUAGGCACAUAAUUCAUAUAGUUAUAGAUAUACAUUUAGGAGAACAAACUAGAGAGAGAGAGAGAGAGAGCGGGAGAGAGAGAUCGAUCGAUAGCUUGGACCAGUUGGGAGAUAGAAAAUAGUCCACUACAAACAGGAUACGCUUACCUGAUCAAGGACUCAAAGCAGCAAUAGAACACUCCGACAGAGGGAUGUAUAUACAUGUGUUUGCCUGCAUGUGUGUAGUUUGAGUCUAGUUUGCCGCCAAAAACUUACCACAAUUUUUCGCCAGACAGUUGACGCUCAUCGCCCGAAACGAACGCUCGAACGCUGAAAACCAUGGACAAGCAAUCGUAUAAAAUAGAGCGCGUCAUUACCGCCAAUGGAUCAAAUUUUGUUAGCACCGAACAAAAUCAUGGACGGCCCAUGCUCCUGAAUGCCUGGACUCAAACAGAUAUGGAUGAUUUUAAAAUGUUGAAAUGCUUAAAUGAAGAUGCCAGCAUCGAAGCGGAGAACCGUGCAUUGCUUGAGAAAGUACGUUACCUGGAAGCCAAAUUGCAGCAGCAUUCCGACUUGCUCACUCAAAUUCAUGCCACUUCGGCACGAAUUCAGGCCACAACAAUGACAAGGGAUCCGCCGACGCCACCUGCACAGCAGCAGCAUCAGAUCUUGACGCCACCAAACUCUGUGAUAUGCGCACCCAUUCAGCCUCUGCAGCCGCGGCAUACCCAGGUGGUGGACUAUAAGAUCAUUACAGCGGAAGAUGAUACUGAUGCCAUUGAGAUACGUUUGGCGGCUGAAUCCUUGAAUAGCCUCAGUAGUUCAGCCGAUUCAGAUCGCCUGGAAAUCUGUUUGGGUGAGGAGCAGCAGCAACAUCAUCAUCACCAGCAGCCGCAGCAGCAGCAACAAAAACCACAUGAGCCACAGCAGCAGCACCAAAUUCAACCAGUUCAACCACAAAUCUUAAAUGUUAAGCGGGAUCGAGAUUCCAUUGUCAAAAAUGAAUCCUCUCCCCUGCAAUUCAUAAAGCGGCGCAAACUUCAAGAACUAAAUGACACAAACAGUCUCAAUGUGUCCUCCCAAUCGAAAGAUAAUGUAAUGGUCUCAAUUGGUCCCAAUAACACACUAGUUCCUGCGAGCAUAUUCGAGAACAUCAAUUGGUCUGCCUCCUCGCUGGCUACCCGCAAACUAUUAGUUACCAUAUUCGAUCGUGAGACCCUGGCAACACAUUCCAUGACAGGUAAACCAUCACCUGCUUUUAAGGAUCAGCAUAAGCCGCUAAAGCAAAUGUUAGAUCCACUGAAAAUAGCCGACAUCAUAUUCGCCGUAACUCACAAAUGUAGUGCAAGUGAGAAGGAGGUGCGCAAUGCCAUAACUACCAAAUGUGCCGACGAGAACAAAAUGAUGAAAAUCCAAAAAGGCAAAAGACUAAGUCUACAGAAUGUCGAUGGCGAUAAGGAGAAUAUCAGUAUUUCUUAAUCAUAUAAACGUAUUCAACCCACCAACUCACUUAUUUUAUAUAUAGAAACGUCUCCAAUACAUUGACUUAAUCCUUACGUUUAGGCUAAUCUCUAUAAAGAUCUCGAAGAAGGUUAUGAUUUCUUUGAACAACCUUAGUAUAUACAACGAUCUAGUUUAAAUAAAUGAAAAUAUUUAUAAUGAAA